CUUGCGACAGAAGCGAGUUCGAGGUCGUCCACCAUCGUAGAUCCAGAAGACAGGCGCCGGGAGGAGCAUGACGAGGAUGUCAACUCCGAAUUUGAGCACGAAGCGUACGGGCCAGCUGCGGGCGAGAAGCCCGAGGAUCCCUUUGAAGUCACCAUGGGUCCAGACGACCCGGAUAACCCUAAAUCGUGGUCGCGACCGUACAGGUGGUACAUUACGAUGCUUUCUGCAGCGCUCGUCCUGAACGCAACUUUCGCCUCGUCCGCACCAGAGGGAAUCAUCCCCGACCUUAUGCAGCAGUUCUCUUUUGGGCAAGAAGUCGCUGUACUCACCAUUGCGCUCUUUGUCGCCGGCUAUUGCGUUGGUCCCCUCAUAUGGGGUCCGCUCUCGGAACAAAUCGGUCGCAAGCCCGUCUUCCUGAUCAGCUUUUUCGUAUACACCGGCUUCCAAGUCGGCUGCGCACUGUCGCAAAAUACGGCCUCCAUUCUCAUCUUUCGCUUCCUCGGCGGCACGUUCGCAGCAGCGCCAUUGGCGAAUAGCGGAGCCGUAAUGUCGGAUGUUUGGGACGCAGACACGCGUGGGAAGGCUCUUGCGCUGUUCACUCUUGCGCCAUUCGCCGGCCCGACACUCGGGCCCACUGUUAGUGGCUUCAUGGCCGUUGCUGGAGUUUCGUGGCGUUGGGUAUUCUGGCUGCUCACUUUCUUUGCUGGGGCAUGCCUGAUCGUGACAUUCUUCACAUUGCCCGAGACCUUCGUUCCUGUCAUUUUGGUCAAACGUGCACAGAAGCUGCGGAAAGAGACUGGAGAUGACAGGUAUUGGGCUCCUCUCGAGCGCAGCACAAUGUCUACCGGUCAGCGUAUCCAACACAUCCUCGGCCGUCCCUUCGUCGUGCUCGCGCGCGAGCCCAUGCUCAUUGCAAUCACCCUCUACAUGAGCUUCAUCUAUGGCUGCAUCUACCUUCUCUUCGAAGCCUAUCCCAUCGUCUUCACAGAGGGUCACCACUUCAACCAGGGCAUCACCGGACUCACCUUCCUGCCGAUCUUCCUCGGCGGUGCGCUGGGUGUCGCGGUCUACCUGGUCUUCUUCAACCCGCGCUAUGAACGCGCAAUGGCUGCCUUCGCGCCACACCCCGUCCCGCCAGAAUACCGCCUCGAGCUCUGCCUCUGGGCCGCGCCGAUGUUCGCGCUCUCCUUCUUCUGGUUCGGGUGGACGUCGUACCCGUCCGUGUCCUACUGGGCGCCGCUGCUCGCAGGCGUGCCCCUCGGCACGUCCAUCAUCUUCCUCUUCCUGGGCCUCUUCAACUACGUCAUCGACGCGUACCUGUUCGUCGCGGCCUCCGCGCUCUCGAGCAUGACGGUCGUGCGCUCGCUCUUCGGCGCGGGCUUCCCGCUGUUCGCGACGCAGAUGUUCGACACGCUGAACCCGCGCUGGGCGAGCACGCUGCUCGGGUGCAUCGCGGUCGUGCUCGGGCCGAUCCCGUUCGUGCUCCGCGCGUACGGGCACCAUCUCCGCAAGAACAGCACGUACGCGCCCACGGGCGACCAGCCGACGCGCCCGCCCGCCCGCGACGCGGAGAAGGGGGCGCAGGCCGUAUAAGCACGCAUGCACCCAGGCUGCCGCGCGUAUUGACCGGCAGCAGCAGGCUCCCGUACGCGCUGGCCGCGCGGACGCGACGUCCGCGGCGGCCCACGGAGGACCCACGGGCACGCUAUAUUUUCAGUGCAUCCGCCUCCGACGCGCGGUGCGCACACACCGCACCGCGCUGCAUCUCCGAGAUCUCCGCCGUCCACCAUGCUCUUCUCAUCGCGUAACCACACAUCCACAUUCCGCAUUCUCGCAUACGCCUCCC